UAAAUGUAUAUCAUCGAAAUCCUUAGGAAAGGCAGGGGUGCGAUGGUCAUUUUUGAGAGACUUUCAUUUCCUUUCUUUCUGAGCUGCAGUGGGACUCGGGGAGACCAUGCCCCGUAAGCAGAGAGAGAAGGGAAACAGAGGUCGCUGGUACUGACGACAUGUAAAUCGGAGCCGGCGAGAACGGCGGCGGAGAAGCUCAGCUCGACCCAGAGUUGGGUUUCUGCAACAUGCUCUUCUUCUUCCUCUUCAUCUUCUGGUGCAAAACGAGGAGGGAAUCAUCACCGAGCUCUACAUCCUGGGAAAAUGUUCGGAGACGAACAAGUGAUCACCAAGAAGAUAUGAUAAAGGAUGGAGGGAAUGAAGUAUUGUUUAAUGAUCAAAUCACGAAGCGGAGAACAACAUGGAGUGGUUUUGAUUCUCAUGCCCUGCCACAUGCUCAAACACAUCAGAGUAUGAGGGAAGACUGGGUUGCGAAAAAUGCAAAACAACCAGCUCCUAAACCGGAAGAUUUGAGCGUUAGUUCCAACAAUUUGGUAAAGGAUGGAGCGAGAAGAAGCAAUACUUUUUUACGGUGGCGGAAGCUGCUCCUCAAAUUUCCGUAGUUUAUAAUAAUUAACCAAAUAAAAGUUCUUUCUUUUGAUUAUUGUCCAAUAUAUUUUGGCCAGUUGACAAUCCUAAAAGAUUUACUUACGCGCACAUCAAAUUUGUGUAUUAUACAUGUACCUAAGAGGUAAUGCGAGAUAUCUCUUUAUAGUUGUCUCAUAUUCUAUAAAAAGAUUUCAAGUA